CUCCUCGCGGCUACAAGUGCCCUUAAAAAUGCUUCACGCGCUGGAGCCUUGGACCUGGAUGCGGCACCCUAUAACCUGGCCGUCGCCUUCUUCCAAGCCGACGAAUGGGGCUUUGCGGGGUCGCGCCGCUUCGCGCGGGAUAUCAGCCCUGGGGGUGUCGACUGCACGGCCACGGUUCCCGACAACAGCUCGCGGGACGGGUCCGGCGCCUGUGUGGGGCCGGACGGCGUCUACCCGUCCAUGGCCUUCAAAGACCUGGCGGAGAAGGGUUUCGUCCACGUGCUGG